ACAGUCCACACUCUGCAACCAGACGACAGACAGCCCAAGCUAACAGAACUCACAGCGGUUCACCACGUCAGAGCGCCAAACACAGCGGAUUGUUGGAGUUAGAGCAAAGUGCACACAGGAAGCCGCUCCUGCACAACUUUCUCCUCCAUGGUCUCCAGCGCACGCCAUAAUGCGGCGAUGUUACAGCAAAGCCCCGGGUCGGCUGUGGCUCUCGCCGAUUGGCAUCUUGUAUUUCUCGACAAUCUGGGUCGCACCUGUAAUGUUACACCCGCAGUGUUUGGAUUUUAAACCGCCUUUCCGACCGCUGAGAGAGCUCGAGUUUUGCGUAAUGUACAAGGAGUUUGGCUGCUGUGAUUAUCAGAAAGACCAGGAACUGAUGAGUAACUACUACCAGAUUAUGGAUCAUUUUGAUUAUCAUGGAUAUACUAACUGUGCGGGCUUCGUCCUGGAACUGCUCUGCCAGGUGUGUUCUCCCUAUGCAGCUCACCUCUUUGAUGCCGAAGACCCAAGCACCCCAGUCCGCACCAUCCCUGGCCUCUGUCAGGACUACUGCUCCCAGUUUUGGAAUACGUGCAGGUCCACUAUCCCUCUCCUGUCUGAUGACCCACACAUUGCUAAAGUCAAAGAAGACCAGACUAGUUUAUGCCAGUACCUGCAGCUAGACGAUGUAGACUACUGCUACCCACACCUCCUCAGCAACCAGAAGCUCACCCAGAACCUGGGCCGGGUUCAGUCAGACUCAGAUGGCUGUCUGCAACUGUGCCUGGAAGAAGUGGCCAACGGUCUACGGAACCCACUAGCCAUGGUCCACGCCAACGACGGCACACAUCGGUUCUUUGUGGCAGAACAGGUCGGCUUGGUUUGGACCUACCUUCCUGACCGGUCCAAAUUGCGAAGACCAUUUUUGAACAUUACCAAGGCAGUCUUAACGUCAUCAUGGGAAGGUGAUGAGAGAGGCUUUCUGGGACUCACCUUUCACCCCAAGUUCAAAUACAAUGGGAAGCUGUAUGUGUAUUACUCAGUGGAAGUGGGUUUUGAUGAGAGGAUCAGGAUCAGUGAGUUCCAUGUGUCAACCAACGACAUGAAUGUGGUGGAUCACACCUCUGAGCGGGUCAUUCUGGAGAUCGAUGAGCCUGCAUCAAACCACAAUGGAGGGCAACUGCUUUUUGCAGAUGAUGGUUACUUGUACAUAUUCACAGGUGAUGGCGGGAUGGCAGGAGACCCCUUUGGGAAAUAUGGGAAUGCACAGAACAAGUCAGCUCUCUUGGGUAAAGUUCUUCGUAUUGAUGUGGAUGACAAUGAGAGAGGCCCAUUGUACAGAAUCCCUCCAAACAACCCCUUCAUACACGAACAAGGAGCUCGACCUGAGAUUUAUGCUUACGGUGUCCGCAAUAUGUGGAGGUGCUCAGUGGACCGGGGUGACCCUCACACCAAAGAGGGCAAGGGACGGAUCUUCUGUGGGGACGUAGGCCAGAACAAGUUUGAAGAAAUCGACAUCAUCGAGAAAGGUCGGAACUAUGGCUGGAGAGCUAAAGAGGGCUUCUCCUGCUAUGAUAAGAAGCUUUGUGCCAACAGCUCACUAGAUGAUGUCCUGCCUAUUUAUGCAUACCCCCACAAGAUGGGCAAGUCAGUGACUGGUGGCUAUGUGUACAGAGGUUGUGAAUACCCCAACCUGAACGGCAUGUACAUAUUUGGAGACUUCAUGAGUGGGCGUUUGAUGAGUCUGCAGGAGGACAGGAACACAGGGCAGUGGAAAUACAAUGAGAUCUGUAUGGGGAUGGGCCUGACCUGUGCCUUCCCUGGACUCAUCAACAACUACCAUCAGUACAUCAUCUCCUUUGCUGAGGAUGAAGCUGGUGAACUAUAUUUCAUGUCCACUGGAAUACCAAGCGCUAUGUCACCUUCAGGAGUUGUUUAUAAAGUGGUGGAUCCCUCAAGACGUGCGCCACCAAGACAGUGUCACUAUGACCCUCUUCCUGUCAGAGUUAAAAGUAAUCUCAUCAAGUUUGUGCCACAGGAAACAUUGAUUGGCGUUGAGCCAUCAAGCAAAAACAAGCCUGAACCACAGCCCACAGAAUCAUACGACUGGCUGCAAGAGCUCAUUGACCGUCUAGGUGAAUUAGGACCAGACCUGGCCACCCCUUUACCAACCACAACUACCACCAAACCACCCCGACAGUCCAGGCGUAAAGGCCGGCGCAGGAAGGGAAAACCCAGGACAGAAACUGCACCCGUGCUUCUGAGUGGAACAGUGAGGCUGGUUGGAGACGAACAAGGCCGCAGUGACCGUGGACGGGUGGAGAUCUACAUUGACGGGGAGUGGGGCACUGUAUGUGACGACCUAUGGACCACCAAAAAUGCUGCGGUAGUUUGCCGGCAGCUGGGAUUCCGAUACGCUCUGAAAGCUGCCAAGAACUCAGAAUUUGGUGAGGGGAAGGAUCUGCGGAUUCUUCUGGAUGAUGUUCAGUGUGAUGGGACCGAGUCCAGCCUGCUGGACUGCAAACAUCCUGCCGUUGGGACACAUAACUGUGCCCAUUAUGAAGACGCUGGGGUGGUCUGUGGCAACUCUGAGUAUGUUAUAGAAGUCUAAGAGUGUGAUUACUAUGAAGUCAGGGAUAAUUAUCAUUAACUAAACCCGCUGCCUUAAAAAUCCACCAAAUUUAACACUGUUAAAAACAAUUAGUCUACUCUCGUUAAGGGUAUUUUUCUGAUUCCCACAAAUGAGCAGACCAAACAGACAACAUAACUUUAUGCUAUGACUUUUCUAGCAGCUACAAUGGGGUUGAAUAGCAUAAAUGCAGUGGUGUAGUCUAGUUUGUAGUAGUGGGUAUACUGUCAUGAAUCCUUCACCCCUUCCUGGACUAAACACACACAACCCGCAUAUCCAUAUACUACACCUUUACAGGUGUAGUAUAUGGAGCCCGAGGUAUGUAUAUUUAAAUAUAAGUAAACCUUUUUAGUUCAAGCAAUAUAAGGAAAGUAGCAUACACAUUAUGCACAAUUACAGUUAAAUCCACAUAUGUUGUGGGUUUCACAAAAGGUGUGAGACAACGUUGAGCCUCACCCAACAGCAGCAACCUAAAACAAUAGUUAACUUUCCCAUAAGAGGACCUCACAGUUACAACUUUCUUCAGGGAGGCAAAUCAUAACCCACGGACACACACACAGAUAGACCUAAGUGACAGCUUAUAAGACAACUGCAGAAAACUAGUAUGGCCAAUAGAUGGCACUCGAAGACCACAAAUGGCACAAGAUAAUGUUAAAAAACAGUUACAGGCCACAUAGCACAAUUAAAAUGAAAAAUUGGUGCAAUACAUAUUGACACAAACAUAUUAACAUUUAUGCUAGCUAUCAUUCACCGAAAGGAAUACAUAAGGGAGAAGCUAACCGUAUGGCUGAGAUGAGGAAGGUGCUAACUUAGCUCAGGUUGAUUAACUGCGCCAGCAUAGCUAGACAGAUUCAGUUGGCUAACUUCAGGCACACAUAUGGCAGGAUAAUUCAAUACAUUUAUCACACAUCCAGUGCUGUUAGAGUGAUACACAUUAGUUAACCAGCUAAUCUUAAUCUGUGAAUUUUUCACUCAUCAGAUGUAACAUAAUGGUUCAGAGUCACACAGCCAUGUCAAGCACUUGAUAACCUCAAAAUGAGUAAAUGUUAGUUGGAUGGUGCUCAUUGUGAUUGGUGGUGAGGGAGAAGGCUUGCUUUCUGAUUGGACAAUUUUUUUGUUUCAACGAUAUUUGCAGUUUGUUUUCUUCAAAUUCAUCAUGACCUACAUUUGUUUGGGGUCCCCGUUAUCAAUUCAGAUUGCUUAUGUGAAUCCUGUCACAAACCUAUGUUGAUACAUAUCCUUGGUGGAUGCUUUAAGCAGGUAUACAGAAAUCUGGGAAGUGGUUAUAGGGCGCAUACGUGCAUACCACGUAGACUACACCACUGCAUAAAUGGUACAAAAAAUUUCUGUAUUUUGUUGUCAGUCCAUCACAGUAAAAAGGAAAAGGGAGAAAUCUUUCAGUGCAAGUACACUGCAGACACAAUACAAUGCACUUUGAGUGAGAUGUAUGUUAUGUUUGUUUUUUCAUAAAACCUGCAGGUGAAUGCAAAAACUUCAGGAAAUCACAGUCUAAAGCAGGAAGUGAUGUAGGUUGACAGUCCUUUCAUCAAAGCAUUCUGAAGGUUAUUUAUGAGAUAACCUAACAGCUGGAAUUCAUUGAUAUCCACUAUAACUGUAUACACACUGUGACACUGUAACUGUAUCCAAUCUUCUCUUUAACUAAUAUCCUCUACUUGUCAGCAGUGGCACUUUUACUCAAAGCUAAAUGUUUAUAUGAGAGUUUAUUUUUAAUUUUUCAUUACAGACUUGAAAGUUUCAUUCGAAUGUAUUUUUUGGCUUCUCUGUGAUUUGUUACAAUAACACAUUUGACAAUAAGUGUAAUGCUUCUUAAUGAGUUGAAUGUUCAAUACCCACUGAAUGAAUGUUACCAAUUUGGUAAAUGAUUUUAAUAAAAGCUUUCUAGCCUCUA